AUGUCGAGCAGCGAGGGCGGGGCGUGCCUGGCAGCUGGCCGCUGGCUGCGCGGGCAGGGCGGCGAGUGGUGGGGUCGUGGUUGCCGAGGACUGGCCGCAGCGCGCCAGGCAAAAGUUCCGUCAAAGAAAAAUUCGAGAAAAAGUGUGCUCACCGCCCUGGCCCCCCCCUGCACUGUGGGCAGAGCUAGGCCCGCUUUUGCAGCUAGACGAAACCUGUGGACAGGGAUGCGCGCGCUGCUGCUCCCAGAUGAUAUGCGCGCAGCAUCAGAUCAUGGCAAAGCGUCCAACCAGUCGUGGCGUGGCCGUUGGGCUGCCCAGAGAGGCGCAUCGCUCGAGGCGGUCAGCUGGCGGGACAACUGUGACGACCCGCCGCCGUGCAGGCGGUUGACACUCACACUCGCGCACACUCACACGCACACUCACACGCACACUCACGCUGCUGCUGCCGCUGCCGCUGCUGCUGGCGGAAAAGCCGUCUCAGGGCAGGCGGCCACGACCACGACUGCCACACACGCACGGCCCCCGGCGCUCCAGCGGCUAGCACGCUUUCCCCCAAGCGUCACCCAGCCCGGCCCACUUCUCUCGUGCCCGGCGCAAGAUGCAAAGAGAUCCAAGCUUGACACACAACAAGAGGGGCAACUCAUCAACGCCAAAUAA